AUGCCUGGUAGGCCUACGGCCUCACAUGCACGACCGGCCCGUCCCGGUCGAGUCUUGUCGUGGAUGAUGGGCCCGCGUAUCGGCGUUAAUGGGGCGCGAGCCGACGAGCUGGGCAGGUGUGUCGGCAGCGAUUGGGUGGCGGCGGGGGCGGGGGGCGCAAGUGUAGACGAGACGCGGCGCAUUGAUUGCGCUUGGGCGGGGGGCGGGGCGUUGGACAUUUGCAUCAGUCGCGGGCUUCUUCGGUUCUCGGGCCCCGACGACGCCUCGCCCGAGAUAGAGUGGUCCGAGCGCCGGGCGGCCUGA